AUCCCCUCAGCUUCUGCGCUGGCAGGUUUGGGAUCCUCUGGGCAGGUGCGGUGUGAAGUGACUCCCGGGCUAGUUGGUUUCAAAGCAGUAGGUUACCUUCUUCUAAGCAGGAAGGAGUUAAUUCGCCUCGCUCCAGGUUACCUGCUCAGGCAACUCUUGCCUGUGUCAGAGGGCGCUAAGUGGCUGUUCUGCCCAGGAAACAAAGGAAGGGGGAACUUAGGAAAAGCACUUCUUCAGCCAGUUUGUGUGUGUGGCAAGAGGCUGGGAGGCUGCCGCUGGCGGGACUCUGGAUGUCUGCCCUAAGAUGUGGAGCUGGGGCCUCGCAAGCAUCUUGUCAUUCUGCCCUGCUUCCAAGGAGAAGCAGGCAUUUGAUUCCACUUGGAGAAUUUAGACUUUCGUGAGUUUGCUCUUAAGGUCAGUCCAUCAACUGGAAGAUCAUUAUUUUUAAAAAUAUGUCUAUCAGGGGGUUGAAGAAAAAGCAGCCCAAAACUUUCAAAGUCAAAGUGAUCACAAUGGAUGCUGAGAUGGAAUUCAGUUGUGAGAUGAAAUGGAAGGGGAAAGAUUUGUUUGAUCUUGUGUGCCGAACUCUCGGGCUCCGGGAAACCUGGUUCUUUGGCCUGCAAUAUACUAUUAAAGGAGUCCGUGCCUGGUUGAAAUUGGAGAAAAAGGUUUUGGAACAAGAAAUUCCCAAGGAAGAUCCAAUAAAAUUCUGUUUUUUGGCUAAAUUUUACCCAGAGAAGGUGGAAGAAGAACUUCUUCAAGAAAUCACUCAACACCUUUUUUUCCUGCAGGUGAAGAAACAGAUAUUGGAUGAAGAAAUCUAUUGUUCUCCAGAGGUCACAGUUUUGUUGGCUUCAUAUGCUGUCCAGGCUAAGUAUGGUGACUAUGACCCCAACUUUCACAAACCAGGCUUCUUAGCCCAGGAUGAACUGUUGCCCCAAAGAGUCCUUAAGCAGUAUCAGAUGACAGUCCACAUGUGGGAAGAAAAGAUAACGGCCUGGUAUGCAGAACACAGGGGUAUUGCCAGGGAUGAAGCUGAGAUGAACUAUCUGAAAAUUGCCCAAGAUUUGGCCAUGUAUGGUGUCAAUUACUUCCCCAUUGAGCAAAAUAAAAACCACACAGAUCUCUUGCUUGGUGUGGAUGCUAAAGGGAUCCAUGUCUAUAGCAUCAAUAACCGGUUCUCUCCAAACAAAUCUUUUGAAUGGAGCGCUAUCAGAAACAUUUCCUACAGCGAGAAGGAGUUAACGAUUAAGCCACUUGACAAAAAGGCAGAAGUUUUCAAGUUCUUUUCAUCGCAGCUGAAGGUGAAUAAGUUGAUCCUACAGCUGUGCAUUGGAAAUCAUGACCUGUUCAUGAAGAGGAGAAGAGUGGACUCCAUCGAGAUUCAGCAGAUGAAAGCUCAAGCCAAGGAAGAGAAAGCUCGGAAGAAAAUGGAGCAUCAGAGGCUGGCCAGGGAGAAGCAGCUCAGGGAAGAGGCCGAGAGAGCCAAAGAGGAGCUGGAAAGGCGGCUGUUUCAGCUGGAAGCCGAGGCCCGACAAGCCAGUGAGGCUUUGCUCCACUCCAAAGAGACCGCAGAGCUGCUGGCAGAGAAGGCACAGAUCGCUGAGGAGGAAGCCAAGCUGCUGGCCCAGAAUGCUGCCGAGGCCGAGCAGGAGCGCCAGCGGCUGGAGGUCACCGCCCUGAAAACCAAGGAAGAGAAGCGGCUGAUGGAGCAGAAAGUGAGGGAAGCAGAACUGCUGGCGGCCAAGCUGGUCAAGGAGUCAGACCUGAGAACCAAGGAAACGGAAUACCUGAAGCAGGACCUGAGCGAGGCCAGGGAAGCUGAGCGCCGGGCCAAGCAGCGGCUCCUGGACGUCAUCCGCCCCUCUCAUCCUCACAUACACAGAUACCCUCAACAUUCCCCUAUUGGGAGUGGAGAUCUUGGAAUUGAAAAAGGAUGUACGAGAUUUGAUUUAAAGGAUAUUGACCUGAAGAGACUAUCCUUGGAAAUAGAAAGGGAAAGGUUAGAUUAUUUGGAAAAGAGUAAAAAUUUUGAAUAUCGAUUAAAAGAACUGAAAUCUGAAAUACAUGCCCUGAAACUUGAGGAAAAACAAAAGGGACCAAUCUCUCAUUGGAAUGAAGUCUUUGGCUCACUAGACCUCACCUUGAGAAAGGCGCCAUCAUGGAUUAAGCUGUGUGAAGCACGAGGUGGACAGGAUGAAAAUCUCCAGAGGCCGUUCCCUCCUUAUCCGCUAAACACUUUGAGUAGCUGGCCACGUAUCAACAACUGCCGUAGCACAACAGGAGAAAAGCGUUCAGUUUCUAAUAACGUGGGAACAGGAACUCACAAAAGUAUUGUAAAGGUUCAGCAACAUGACUCAGACGUGAUCUACAUUUGAAGUUUUGUGGACCCACAUCUUCCAGAUGGUGAAUGCGUCUAAUUUGUGUAAAGUACCUUCAGUGGGGCUUAAGAAUGACAUUAAUGGCCUUUCUACUAAUGGGCUGUAUUGUGGUCAGAGAGGUUUUAAAGGGAUAGUGAGGACUCUUUGGGAUGCUGCUAAAUUAGAGGGUGGGCCAGGAAGAAAAGGACUCCCUCCUUGGAAGAAGGCUUAACUCCUCCAAGUUGUACGGGCUUUAACUGGAACAGGGACUGAGCUCUCUGGCUUGCUCUCAGAUUACCUCUGUUGUUCCUUCUCUGGAUUCUGAUGCCGGCUGUGCUUCUGAUGGAUGUGCCCCAUUCUGCCUCUGGCCCCUCUGCUUCCCAAGCCGGUGCUUGGCCGUUGGCUCUGGCUCCAUCUGUGCUUCUGGAUCCUCUCAAUGGGAAUCUUCUUCCUCUGGCCUUUCUUGCUCCUUGGUUGCAGCCUUGGAAGACCUUACACUCUGUCUAGUACAGUUUUCCAAUCCCAGUCUCAGCAUUUUCAGGGAUGAUCACUGUUUUUUAAAACCUCAAUAUGAAUAUUUUAGCAAUUUAAAUAUUAACUUCUCUCUCAUGUUUUAACUUGGUGGUAAUCCCAUAAGAAAAUGUCAACCUCCAUUAGUUUGGUUUCUCUUAUGGGACUUAAAUCUUAGGCUGACAUCAAGAGAGAAGGUGGAGGCUCAAGUCUCUGGCCUCCAACUUCCCACCACCUGAUGGGAGCUCCCCAACUCCUCUCGUCCUCACUUCAGAAUUUCUCAGAAACCCACUCCUCAGUGGAAGAGCCAGCCCUUCUCCUUAUCAGCACCAAUCCCAGCUACCACAUCUUUCUCUUCUUUUUAAUGACUAUCAUGAGGAUUUCCAUUUGCUCCAAUUCCAGGUUUAUUCCUUGGUGAUCUGUCAUCUCUCAUGUAGUAGGUCACUGAGCCAUGGUCACUCUGCCUCUUGGGCCUCCUCUCCCUUCCCACUAUCGGGAUCCUAGCCCAGGCCCUAACCUACCCACCCACACUAAUGAAAGACCCUCGACUUUGUUUCUCUUCCAGUUCUUUCUCCACUAAUCACCCUUAUGUGCAGACGUGUUCAUUAUCAUCUCUGCUCAGAAAACCCAGUAAUUCUCCAUAAUUUGACUUUACCUUGGCUUCUUUUUUAAACAUUUUUCUUUUAAUCAUGAACUUUACAAACAUGAACAUUUCAAUAUAGAAAGAACAGGA